AUGCAGGUAUCGAUAUCGUUUAUAUCUUUUGACAUAAAUACUUUCAAUUUUCUGAUUCAUCUCCAAUCUCAGAAGUACAUUCAAGCAGCUAAAUUCAAACUCGAUGUGAUGAAGUCGGGAAAUAUGACUAGUAAUAGUACAUUUCCAACAAAAAAUGUCAAUACACCACCGAAUAAACUUUUUCGUGAAUAUUUACGUUGUCGUCAAUUGAGCUCUCUCAAUGGACUACCGUCUCCAUAUGCAUGUCCAUAUGAUUACGAAGAAGAUAUUCGUGUUUGUUGGAGAGCGACAAUGAAUGGUACGAUAGCAACGAAUAUUAUCGAAUAUGAUCACGGACUAAACAAUUUUUAUGAUGGUGUUCGUUAUGGGAUUGAAAAUUGCACUUUGGAACGACUAUGUCUGAGUAAUGGUUCGUGGGAUAUGACUGUAUUACCAGAUAUCCAAUGUAAAUCUUGUAUUGGUGAUGGUCGACCAGUGAAAUUUAAUUCAAUCAGUAUUAUGAUAGAAACAAUGAGUUUAAGUUUAUCCCUCCUAUCAUUAACCAUUGCUGUCCUCUGCAUGAUGAAUGUCAAACGAUUGCAUUUACCCCGUAACCUGCUUCACAUGCAUCUUUUCGUUGCGUUCAUUUUCCGUUCGAUUGUCAAAUUAGUUUUCAUUCAUCUGAUCGUUGGUGGAUAUACACGCCUAAUGAUAUCCUAUACUCGAGAUAAAUGUGGCAACAUUGAAAUACUCUCAAAAUCGUCGAAUUUAUUUCAUGUGAUUGGCUGUCGUGUCUUAUCAUCACUAUUUUGGUAUACGGAUGCGGUCUCUCAAACAUUUAUCUUCUGUGAAGCCAUGUUCUUAUUUACUGCUUUGACUAGUCAUUUAUUUCGUGAUCGCGGCUGUUUACCGUUCGUUCUUUGGGGCUGGCUAAGUCCAUUACUUUGGUUGGCAAUGUGGGUUAUUUCACACAUAUUCACCGAUAAAAUAAAAGAACGCUCUACAUGUUGGUUAGAAGCAGAUAAUACAACGUAUUUUUAUUAUUUUUUCUAUGUACCAUAUGCUUUUUAUUUACUUGUCAAUUUCGGAAUAUUCGUUUAUCUUGUUCGUUUGCUCUACUCGAAAUAUCAAUCAAACAAUGUUCAAACAAGUCGAACGGGCAAUAGGCAUUUAAUCAAAUCAAUUCUAAUCCUAAUUCCAUUAUUUGGCUUACAUUCAUUAUUUGUCAUCUGGGUAUUCUAUCAUAAAAAUCAAGGACAUACAAUAUGGUAUUAUAUGACUGUUAUAUUCAAAGCUGUUUUCGGUGACUUACAAGGCUUUUUCACCUCGUUGAUUUACUUUUAUUUCAACACUGAAAUUCGUUAUGAAGUCCUUCGGCAAGUUCAACGAACUAUUCUGAGCAGUGACACAAUUCAGCGAAGUUCAACAGGUGAUACGUUAUCUACACGUUUGUCAACAUUUCGUCGAUCAAUUAAUCGCCAUCGUCAAUCAUCAUUACAAGCUCGUCAACAAGAGCGGCGUCGAACAAAUCUUUCUUCUGGACAUUCGUCACCAACAAAGCCAACGCCAGAUUUUUGGAGAAAGAAAUCUCUUGCAUUGCUUUGCCCUUGUGUAAAUCAAACUACCACAAGGAAGAAACAUCUGCUCGAACAAGCACAACUACAUCGACAGCAAACCAUUGAACAAAAUCAUUUCAAUGACACUUUACCAGCUAUUGUACCUGACAUAAUUGUUGAGGAUGAUUUAGGAGGCCAAUCAUCGCCAUUAAUUAGUCUGAAGGAUACAAUUGAAAAUGAUAAUAUGACAUGUGACACAAUGCUGAUGAAAAACGAAAACGAAGAUCAAGAAUUAUUGACCGAUGAGAACGAAGUGACAAUACAUCAAACAUCCUUUUCCGUUUCGUCAGUGAAUAUUGCCAAAGAUAUUCAAAUGAAUCGUUUACAACGAACGCGCUCGAACAGCGAAGGAAACCUGCCGAACAGUUCAUCAUCAAAACAUUCGCACGAUAAUAAAUCAUUGAAAUGA